AUUAUUUCAAUUUUAAUACUGGUUUCCAACGGAAUUAUACUACUCCUACAGAAGUUGUGAAGAACUCCACAGACUCCACACCUACAUUCCCCUGCCCCCGGUGAAGCUACGGUCUUCCGCACUACUGUAUCAUAUCAUACUCGACCGGCGCAAGAUCAUGAGUCAGAGCCACCGUCGACUCUUCGUGGCAUUUCUCUCAGUGCUGCUCCUCACGGCCGCGGCCGUCGCCGCCGACAGCACCUUGACGCAGCGGAGUGCCAUCGGCGGCGACCAGCUGAGGCUUGUCUCACCGGGAGACAUCUUCCAGCUCGGUCUUUUCUCGGUCGCCAACAACACCAAGUGGUACCUCGGCAUAUGGUUCACCGUCUCCCCGUCCGCCGUCGUCUGGGUCGCCAACCGCGACCGCCCGCUCAACGCCUCAUCCUCCGGCAUCCUCGCGCUCAGCGGCCGAGGAGACCUCGUCCUCCUCGACGCCGCGAGGAAUAACGAGACCGUCUGGUCGUCUAACUCCUCUGCCGCGGCGGCGGUCGCGCAGCUCCGCGACAACGGCAACCUGGUGCUCGCGGACGCGGCCGGCGCCGUGGUGUGGCAGAGCUUCGAGCACCCGACCAACACGUUCGUGGCGGAGAUGCGGUCCGGGAAGGACCUGAAGACCGGCACGCUUUGGGCCCUCUCGUCGUGGCGCGGCGCCGACGACCCGUCGCCCGGCGACUUCCGGUACGUGAUGGACACCAGCAGCGGCUCGCCGGAGCUGCACGUGUGGAGCAAGGGGCGCAAGGCGUACCGGACGGGGCCGUGGAACGGGGUGCGGUUCAGCGGCAUCCCGGAGAUGACGGCCUUCGAGGACAUGUUCGAGUUCCGGUUCACCAACACCCCCGACGAGGUCUCCUACGUGUACCGCGACCGCGCCGGCACGCCGGCGUCCCGCGUGGUGCUGAACGAGACCGGCGUGAUGCAGCGCAUGGUGUGGAACCAAGCGGCGGGCACGUGGAGCGUCUUCUGGUCCGGGCCGCGCGACCAGUGCGACCGCUACGGCGCGUGCGGCGCGUUCGGCGUCUGCAACGUGGUGGACGCCGUGGUGUGCGGCUGCGUCCCGGGGUUCCGGCCGAGCUCGCCGCCGGAGUGGCGCAUGCGGAACGCGUCCGGCGGGUGCGCACGCAGUACGGCGCUGCAGUGCGAGGGCGGCGGCGAGGACGGUUUCUACGCCCUGCGCGGCGUGAAGCUGCCGGAGACGCACGGCAGCAGCGUGGACGCCGGGGUGUCGCUUGACGAGUGCCGCCGGAGGUGCCUGUCCAACUGCUCGUGCACGGCGUACGCCGCGUCGGACAUCCGUGGUGGCGGUGGCGGGAGCGGGUGCAUCCAGUGGUUCGGCGAGCUGAUGGACACGCGAUUCGUCGACGGCGGACAGGAUCUCUUCGUCAGGCUGGCAUUGUCGGACCUAGAGACAACCAAGAACAAGAAGUUUCUCACGGUCAUCGCAGCGGUGAUAGCAGGGUUUGCAUUGCUUCUGUUGUCACUUAGCUUCCUGAUCUGGAGAAAGGUCCAGCGCCGCAGGAUGGAAGUCGCCAUGUUUGAUGACAUCACGAGAGGCGAAUGCCCUACGUACCACCUCGAAACCAUUAGGGCAGCCACCGACGGUUUUCGCCCCGAGAACGAGAUCGGACGCGGUGGCUUUGGCAUCGUCUACAAGGGUCAAAUGCUAGACGGCCAGGAAGUUGCAGUGAAGAGGCUGUCGGCGGAGAACCGAGUGCAAGGACUGAAAGAGUUCAAGAACGAGGUGGACCUCAUCGCCAAGCUGCAGCACCGUAACCUCGUACGCUUGCUCGGCUGCUGCAUCCACUGCUCCGACAGGAUACUCGUCUACGAGUACAUGAGCAACAAGAGCCUGGACACCUUCAUCUUCGAUCCGAGGAGGCGCGCCACUUUGAGCUGGAAGACAAGGAUGGACAUCAUCCUCGGGGUUGCCAGAGGGCUUGUCUACCUUCACCAGGACUCGAGGCACACGAUGAUCCACCGAGAUCUCAAGGCGGCCAACGUUCUACUUAACGAGGAGAUGGUCGCCAAGAUAUCAGAUUUCGGAAUUGCAAAGUUGUUCAGCAGCAGCGGCGACAACAGCCAGGACUCCACCGUCACAGAAAGAAUUGUUGGGACAUAUGGCUACAUGUCACCGGAGUACGCCAUGGACGGCAUGGUAUCAUUCAUGCAGGACGUAUACAGCUUCGGUGUGCUGUUGCUGGAGAUCGUCAGUGGAAGGAGGAACCAACGAAGUUUCAACCUUAUAGCUCAUGCAUGGAAUCUGUUUGAAGAAAACAGGAGCCUCGAGCUCCUUGAUCCAGCCGUGCGUGGCGGAUGCUCACCGGCGGAGCUAGAGCAUGUUACGACGUGCAUCCAAAUAGGGCUACUGUGCGUUCAGGAGAGCCCGAGCCAACGACCACAAAUGGCUGCCGUAAUCCCCAUGUUGUCGCACCAACAGGCGCCAGGGCGGCCACUUCGUCCAGUGGUCUGCACGCAGGUGAGAACUCCGGCGGGCCUUCUCAACGUCGAGGAAGACACGUCCAGCAAUGAAUUGACCAUCACGAACCUCGAAGGCCGGUAACAACUAGCAAGAAUGCAUGGGUGGAGGGAUGCAAGGCAAUUAUGGACGACCUUCUGUAUGUAAUUGGGCAGGACAGGUGCGCGCACGGCAUCGCAUGCAUCUACAAAAGUGUGAUCGCUGGAUUAACACACCUCUGUAGGAAAAAAAACACCUAUGUAAUUCAUGGAGACUGAGAACAAAUUCAAGAUCUGACAACAAUUCAAAUGAA